GGAGCCGGACAUCCAUAUCUGGUUGUAGUAGUGACCGUUUCCUAUCUCGUCUUUCCGCUGCGUUGUCAAAAUGUGAGCUCGGCUGAAGCUGAGAAAAAGUUCGAUGUCUCUGCAGAAGAUUUCGACUCGUUCAGGGAGACGUCUCACCGCUUUUAUAAAGUCAACAGGGAGGAGUUCAAACGUCGUCAUGUUAAUUUCCAGAACUCUACAAAGCGUCAUGCAUACCUGAACUCAUUCUCCACAGCACCACAGUCUGCCGAAUAUGGCAUUAACCGGUUCUCCACCUUUUCUCAGAAGGAAUUCAGAGAUCUCUUCCUGCGAGCGCAUGCUGACAGAGCGCCUCUCUUCUCUGGGCUGAAAACAGAGGAUGUCCCUGCCAAAUUUGACUGGAGGGACAAAGCGGUGGUGGCACCAGUCCAGAACCAAGAAUCAUGUGGGAGUUGUUGGGCAUUCAGUGUGGUCGGUGCCAUACAAUCGGUCUAUGCUAUAGGAGGCUCUCAGCUGCAGCAGCUCAGUGUGCAGCAGGUUCUGGACUGCUCCUUCAAAAAUAAAGGAUGCAAUGGAGGAUCCAUAUAUCAGGCCCUGGAUUGGUUGAAGCAGACCAGAGUGAAAUUGGUGCCUCAGUCAGAGUAUCCCUACAAGGCCAAGACAGGAAUCUGCCAUUUCUUCUCUCAGUCACAUGGCGGCGUUUCUGUGAAGAACUUCACAGCACAUGACUUCAGUGGUCAAGAGGAGGCAAUGAUGGGUCAGCUGGUGGAGCGUGGGCCCUUGGCUGCGAUCGUGGAUGCUGUCAGCUGGCAGGACUACCUAGGUGGAGUCAUCCAACACCACUGCUCCAGCCAGCACUCUAACCAUGCCGUCUUGGUGGUUGGAUACAACACUAUUGGGGAUGUUCCAUACUGGAUUGUGCAAAACUCCUGGGGAGCCGCAUGGGGAAACAAGGGUUAUGUUUAUAUAAAAAUUGGUGGAAACAUUUGCGGUAUUGCAGAUUCUGUGGCAGCAGUUUUCCUCUGAUAAGGUGGUGUGUGUGUGUGUGUGUAAGAGAGAGAGAGAGAGAGAGUGACUGUGGGUGUUUUCGUAUGCCAAAAUAAAAUCAAUCAUCUGUUUCCCUU